UAGAUCAGUAUUCGGCAAAUCAGCCGUAGAGUCGAAUAACCGGCCAGGGGUAAUCGUGUUGGUGAGGUUGAGUGCAGGCGACAAGGGAAAGAUGCCAGACACUAUUAAAAGGGAGUUUGGUUCAUAUCAGCCUUAAAAAGGAAUUGGCCACCAUGUCAAAUUUACUAUGCCUGCAACUGUGGAAGGAGGUGCAGCUGCACCUGGAUGAUGUGAUCAGCAAGGAGCUGGCGGCAGCCGGCGCCAAGCCCGAGCACAACAAGUCUCUGGCGCUAGAGGUGGUGCUGGGUCUGUACCUGCGCCAUCUGCUCGUCUUCCGCCGGCUGAUGCUCUGCUACGACCAGACGGUGCACCCCCAGAAGCGGCUCGUCAUGCGCAAGAGCCUGGACGCCGUGAUGGGCCGGAUGGCUGAGCUGAAGCAAGAACUGACAAAUAUCGAGCUUUCCGAGUUUCACUUUUUUGACGACCUCCAAGUGGACUACAAACUGCUUCCUCACGACACGGAUCUGCCUAUCCCACCGUUCUUUCGACUGGAACGGAAGGACACGCUAGCCGGCAUCAAUGAAAUCAUCAGCGAUGCCCUCAAGAAGCUGGGAGCCAUCAAGUCGGAGGAGAAGGUGGUGACCCAGCUGAGUCGGGAGGAGGCCGUGCGGCUGGUGCAGCGUCAGGAGCGUGCCCGCCAGGGCCGACACCGCGCCCGCUUCAUGCAGGAGAUCCACCGUCAGGAGAUGCGUGAGAAAACCAAGGGCAAGUACGUGGCGACCAUGUCGGACGAGCAGGCGGCACUACGGAUUCAAACCGUGUGGAGAGGGUUUGCUGCCAAACGCCAUGUGAAGGAGAUGAGAGAGGAGGAGAUGGUAUUCAUUGGUAUGGCGCCGCCUCCACGACCGUCGCCGCCGCCACAGCAGCGGCUGGCCGAGGUGGAGUCUGCCCGGCGCGAGGUGCAGGCACGUCACGAGCAGCAGUACCAGGAGGCGCUGGUCACCGUCAAGGAGGAGCUGCGCCGCCUGCAGGCCGUCCAGAUGCGAGAGGACAUGCAGGACCAGAUCCGGGCCUGGAUGGUCAAGGAGUGGGAGGAUCAUGGUGAAUUUCCUGAUCUGCCCAAGGAAGAGGAGGGUGGCUCCGCCGCCAUAUUUGAUCCCGAUUUUGUGCCGCCUCCGAAACCAGCAAAGGAGGAGAAAAAGGGCAAGGGCAAGAAGGACAAGAAAGAUAAAAACAAAAAGAAGGAGGGGAAGAAGAAGAAGAAGAAGGGUGACGAAGAUGAGGGUUUCAUCAUGCAGCCGUCUAAGUUCGUACCCGCCAUCAUAGAGGCCUGCAAUGAGUACAACGAACACUGGAAGCACAAAGAUGAGAAAAACAACUUUGAACAGAAUUUCGACAGUGAGAUUGUGCGCAAGGACAAACUUCAUGAGCUGGAGACCGAAGUGAGAAAGGACGUGGAUGAGGUGAUGAGGGAUGAGCUGGAACGCCUGAAGGAAGCGUUGGAAAGAGACAGGGGAAAAAAGGGCCGCAAGAAGAAGAAGAAGAAAGGGAAAAAGAAGAGAAAGAAAGGAGGCAAGAAGGGAAAGAAAAAGAAAGGAAAGGAUCUGACACCGGACAGAAGCCUUGAGUCAUUAGUCGAGGAAUUGGUGGAGAACAAUGUGAUGAAGCUGAUUCCGGAAAAGAGGAUGGCUGACUUCAUGGGGUACCCUGCACUGACCGGCUCGCUGCAGCGACUCAAACACGAGGAGGCACGUCCGCAGCUGGGCGACGUCCGGCGGGUACUCACAGAGUACUGCGUGAUGCCCAUGGGCUGUCCGGCGGUGCACGAGACGGCGCCGCUGGUCAAGUCCGUGCUGAUCGCCGGGCCGCCGGGCUCCGGCAAGAAGCACCUGGUGCACGCCAUCUGCGCCGAGUCGGGCGCCGUGCUGUUCGACUUGACGGCAGCCAGCAUCGCCGGGCGGUACCCGGGCAAGGCCGGACUCACUAUGCUCAUGCACCUCGUCAACAAGGUGGGCCGCCUCCUGCAGCCGGCGGUCAUCUGGAUCGACCGAGCCGAGCGCACCUUCGUCAAGAAAGUGCCCAAGACGGACAAGACGGAGCCCAAGCGGCUCAAGAAGGAGCUGCCCAAGUUCCUGAAGGCGCUGACGCCGCUGGACCGUCUGGUGCUGGUCGGCACCAGCGAGUCUCCUUGGGACGCCGACCAGAAGGCACUGGGCCAGGCGUAUCAUCGCGUGGUGCUGCUGCCUGCGCUAGACUACGCCAGCCGGCUUCAGCUGCUGACCCGGACGGUAGCGGUGCCGGGUGUGCCGCGCCACCCCAGCCUCGACCUGAGCACGCUCACCAAGCUGACGGACGGCUUCACGGCCGGACACUGCCUGGACAUGGUUCAGCAGGUGGUCACCGAGAAGCGUAUUGUGAAGCUGAGGAAGCGGCCGCUCAAGACGGCCGAGUUCAUCCCCGUGCUCUCCACCCUGCAGCCCGUCAUGAGGGAGCAGCAGCAGAUGUACUACACGUGGCUGACCAAGACGCCGCUGGGCAAGAAGCGGGCCAGAAUGUUGGAGGCCGAGGCCGAGGAGGCCACCAAGAAGAAGGCGGCCGUGCGGAGGUGAUGUCGGUGACGCUGAGCGGCCAUGGCCCGGUCGGGCCCGGCGCUGGAGCGGUGGCAGCGGUGGGCGGCGCCCUGGGUCAAGACAGAGCGUCUUUUAUAUAUAAUAUUGUCAAGUUUCUAGUCAAAUUGUGAUUUUGUGCCGGCACUUUCUCGUCAGUUGUCAAACGUCUCCUCAAGCGGCAGACCCAUGCUGUAGCCAUCGUAGCAUCACGCAGCAUUCUCAAAGCACUCGGGAGUUGAUGACCACUCAAGACAGGUGGCUAAAUGUCCGUAGAGAGUAGACACUAGCACUAAAAGCGCCUGAAAAGCAUGCAUCGGCGCAGCAUACUUCGGUAGCGAAUAGGUCAGAAGUUUGCGAAGCUGUCGUUGACGAAAGCAUUCGUCCGUAGUAUCCGCCGCCCCUUUCUUUCCGUUUGUAGGUGCGUUGUCUGAUAAGUACUUACUUACAUAGAUAGGUAGAGACAUACACAUAUUUCCAUAGAUAAAGAUAAGUGUCCUGCCCGCAGGAGUUUUGCGAAUGCAACCGCCAUCCAAUAAAAGUGUUGACCGAGCGAGACCGCGGCGGCUUUGUCGACAUAAGUGACGUUAUCAAUCAUUGCGAACCCGCCAGUGAAACGCCGCGUCGCGACAGCGCAUUCGUAUUCAGAAGACAGUUCAGCAGGCUGGCCAAGCAUUGCGCUGGCCGCCUUGGCAUCAGCUAAAUCGCCUCUAGAUCGACCCGGCACACGCGACCGUAAACAACUAGUUGUGUUGCCUCAUUAGUACGCCGGUGGCGGGUGCUCAACGCUUCCAGAACUUCUGAUAGCGGCUCGCGUCGAAGCUGUCGUCCACGUCCUCCUCCAUGGUGACCUUCUGUCGCGGCUUGCGCCGCUGCAGUCGCAACAGUCUCUGCUGCUCCGACAGCGUGCUGACGUCCAGCGGCAG